AUGAACAAAGUCCCUACCCGUGUUGAUGGCAGAUUCAGGCUUGGAGAUGUUAUGGGUUCAGGCGCAUACAUUGCUAUUAAACUUGAACCCACCAUCAACCACUCAUCUUUGCAGCAUGAAAACAACAUUUUAAAACAACUUGCAGGUGGAGUUGGGAUCCCCCGUGCCUUGUGGUUUGGUAGAGAGUUGACCUACUAUGCUUUGGUUCUCGACCUCCUUGGGCCAUCAAAACACAAUCUCUUCAUUGCAUGCAAUCGACAGUUCAGCCUUUGCAAUGUUGUGAAUCUAGGAGACCAACUACUCUCACGUCUCGAAUAUAUCCACUCACACAAUUUUGUGCACAGUGAUAUUAAACCACAGAAUAUAUUGGUAGGUCUCAAUGAUUUGAGGCACACCACCUUCAUUGUCGACUUUGGUAUCGCAAAGGAGUACUGCAGCACUUCGACUAGAACCCAUGUGCCAUUUCGCCAAGGCCAAAAUCUCACUGGUACCCCUGCGUUCGCCUUGAUCAACAGUCAUUUGGGAGUCGAGAUGGGUCAUCGUGAUGAUAUCGAGUCGCUGAUAUAUAAACUGAUAUAUCUCUUGCGUGGAUCUCUUCCAUGGUUAACUGACGACCACAAGAAGCUCUCCAGCUCUACCAUGCUGGAACGCAAAGUAAACACUACCAUUGAAGUUUUAUGUCAUGGAAUCCCUGUUGGGUUUGCAAGUCUUCUCAUUUACACACACUCCCUUGUGUCCUCACAGGAUCCUGAUUAUGACUACUUCACUCAUUACUCCAUGAUCUUCAUGCUACCUUACCUAUACUAG